CCGGGAGCUCCUUCCCCCUGCGGAUGCUUUUGGCUCAUUUUCUGGAAUGACAAGAUGUAGAUGAGUGCAAGUGUCUAAUAUUUCAUGGGCUGCUUUGUCCUUGCGGUAUGGGCUUCAGUGAUACAGCAGCCUGAUCCUCCAUUGUGAAAAGGGGAGUUUAGUCUGAAAAUGUUGCACUGGCAUUCAACGCCGAUGAGAGAGAUGAGGGGUUGAAAAAUGAAACAGGAGUUUUAAACUUUGAGGACUCAUAAUGGAAGUCUCAGAAGGACAGAACUUCAGCUCAGUGGAAGAGGAAACCAGAUACUGGAAAGAGUUGGCUAUGAAAUACAAGCAGUGUGCUGAGAAUACCCAGGAGGAAUUGCGUGAAUUCCAAGAAGGGAGUCGAGAGUAUGAAGCUGAACUGGAGACCCAGCUGCAGCAGACAGAGUCCAGAAAUAGAGACCUUCUGUCAGAAAACAAUCGUCUGCGAAUGGAACUGGAGUCAGUUAAGGAAAAGAUUGAAAUUCAGCAUUCAGAAGGAUACAGGCAAAUCUCUGCACUGCAAGAUGACUUGGCACAGACAAAAGCUAUUAAAGAUCAACUUCAGAAAUAUAUUCGAGAACUUGAGCAAGCAAAUGAUGACUUGGAAAGAGCAAAAAGAGCUACUAUAAUGUCUCUAGAGGAUUUUGAACAGCGUUUAAACCAGGCUAUUGAAAGAAAUGCUUUUCUGGAGAGUGAGCUGGAUGAGAAGGAAAACCUCCUGGAGUCCGUGCAGCGCCUGAAAGAUGAAGCUAGAGAUCUACGUCAAGAGCUUGCAGUGCAGCAGAAACAGGAGAAACCCAAAACACCUAUGCAUACUACCUUGGAAACAGAAAGAACAGACACUGCAGUUCAAGCGUCCUUAUCUGUGCCUUCAACUCCUUCAGUGCACCGGGCACCAAGCGUCAACAUACCCACCCCUAUGACAUUUAGGAGAGGUCUUGAGGACAGUUUUGGUGCAACCCCUCUCACACCUGCUGCAAGAAUAUCUGCACUUAAUAUCGUGGGGGACUUGCUGCGAAAAGUGGGGGCUUUGGAAUCCAAACUUGCAUCUUGCCGGAACUUUGUGUAUGACCAGUCUCCAAACAGGACCACAGUGUCCAUGUACAUGAACAGAGAUGUCCUUGAAACACGCUUGAGUCCGCAUCAGCCCCUGUGUGAUACAGGGUUAGUGAAACGCCUGGAGUUUGGAACACGGCCUCCAAAUAUGUCAGGAACAAUGAGCCAUGCUUCACCCAGUGUUGUCAAGAUGCUGCUGUGAAAAGCCUGUGUGACUGUGGAAAAGGAUUAAAAAUAAUACAUAUUUUAAACUUUACUUUUGAAAGAGAAUAUCAAUGAGUAAUUGUGCAGCAGUUUCAGUGCAGAGAACUGAACAAGAAAAGAAGCUGCAAUUGGCAAUGGCCUCCUGUGGCCUUGCCCACUCUGACUCUCGGCUGAGCUCUGUGGGUGGUGUGAUAAAGCAAUGAUACGUAGCAGUGCAGGACUUAGAAUUGCUUCUUACACAAGUCACUGUAAAUAGCUCUAUGAUAGUUUCUUCUUUUGACACUAUCAUUCAAAGCCGUUGUUGCUCUACCUAAAACAGAGACAGUAUUCCCUGUGGAGCUCUUCAGGCUUUGGAUUUUGAUGUUAAUACAGCACCAUGGGGUUCUGGUUUUAAUUCUGUUGUGCUGGCUUUCUAUCAUGUUUGCAAUGUGCUGCAGUCACCCUAAUUAGAAGAGUGUGCUUCUGUGGAGGAAGGUGUAUUUCUGCAGGGAAGCUGCUCAGCUUUUUGUGGAAUGUUUGCUGGUCAGAAUCUUGUUACACAAAACCCUACCUCUAUAGUGGUUAAAAUGGUUUUGUAAGCAAUGAUUCGCCAUUGAGAACAGACCAUGGUUAAAGGUGAGGGAUGCCUAGUGCUUAGUAGUACUUGGGAGGUACCAGAACUAACAGCAGGGUAGGAGACUUUGAACUGGCUUAGCAUGUAGACACCUUUUUUUACCCAUAUUGUGGCCCAUAGAGCCUGGCUGUGUAGAAGCAAGAGACCUGACUAUGUUGCUGGAUAUAACAUUUUAAUAGGUGGGUUUUACUGCUUCCUAAGGCUCUCUUUAUUAAUGUGCCUUGGGUAUUAGUGUUCUUGUUUUAUUUUUUCUAUGAGAAUAUAUGCUUUCAGCUGUUAUAAUUAGAAGUGUUGUUUGUUUUUUUUUUUUUUUUUUUUAACCUGGGAAGCCCUUCCUGUUAGACAGAUUUAUAUGAGUAGAAAACUAUUUUAAGGUCAUUUUUCCCCCUAUAGAAUAUUAUUGAAUUUCCAUUUGUUUUUUAAAUGGAGUAGGUUCACUCACAGUAUUAAUGUACCUUAGGGAAGCCUGUACUUGCAAAGCUAAUCACGAUUAAACAGUUUUUAUAGGUUUUUUGCUGGGGGGUGUGGGUGGGAAGAGCUUAUUUGACAAAAGAAUUCAUAAAUGGGUUGGGCUUGGUUUAAUUUGUUUUGUAGUUUUGUUUGGUUUUUUUAGUGGGUGGUCUUUGGUUUGUGGGGUUUUGGGUUUUUGUUUUUGUGGUGUGGGGUUUUUUUUUGGGGGGUGUUUUUUCUGUUUGUUUUAUUAUUAUUUUUAUAAAAUUCUGUGGAAACAGUCACUGAUGCAUCUGUUUCUCUGGAAGAGAAAAUAAACACAGAUGAUUCCCAUUAUUCAGACCAUAUACAGAGUUGGCUUAACCUGGGCACUGGCUGUUGCAGAUGGAGGAGUGAUACACUUAGAAGUAGCAAAAUGUUUAAUGAUAUAAACCACUGACUUAAAGUUUUUUAGUAAAUGCAACAGGGAUUUUACAAGAUUCGAUGGUGAUGUGCACUUGAUUGUUUACUGCAUAGAGGACAGGGUCAGGCAACACUGUCAGGCAGACCCUUCUGUUGAGUCAUUAGGUUCAGAAAGGACCCACUUACUUUCUAAACUCCUUCCAGAGAGGCAUCAAGGUGUGGUUAGAUUCAGACUUAGUCUCAGACUUGGUCAGCAGUUUAUAUCCCAAGCCCUCCUGAAUAUGAAGGCAGGCCAAUUGCUUCAUCCUCGCUCAACAUUGUAUGGUUGCUCACACUUAACCAUACUUCACAAGUCUUCAGUUUGUUUUACCUGAAUUUCUGCUAUAUUUCUCUUGUAAAUUUGGCAAUUGCAAGGGAUCCUGGGGAUAGUUCACAUAGUAUGUUGCAGAUGACCACCCCAAGAUCUUACAGUUCUUUUUAAUUUAACAAUUGGCCUGGCUUCAUAUUCAGGAGGGCUUGAGGCACCAAAGGAUAGUCCUCUUCUGGUUCACUUACCACUGAGAUCACCCCAGAUACCACCAUCUCAAUCUUCAGGGGAUACUAUUGAUUUCCUAAUAUGUACCAUAGUAGGGGGGUGUGGGGCCUGUAGAAGCAUUUUCAACUCACUCCCAAAUUCAGGUUUUUAUUGUUACUGUUCUUGCAGCUGCUCCAUUUUUAAAGAUGGCAUUAAUUGAGUCACCAACUCUACAAUUUCCUUCUCUGAGUCUUCUGCUGUCUAUUUGUCCUUUCUUGCCAUAGUUUCUAAGCAAGUACCCAGAAUCCUGCAGUUAACACCUUUUCAUUCUCCAUCUUCUGUGUGGCUCCUAAUGACCUCUACCUGCUUUUCAGUGACUUCUCAAUUAUGCCAGUUGUCAUGAGCCCAGUCCUUUGAGAAUUUGGAUCCACUCAGUUUCACUCCAUGCUCAAUAAAUAAUGGGUGAUGCUACCUGCCAUCCUUCUGGCUAUGCCAGGAGCAGAAUAAAGCUUAUUUGAAUACUGGUUGUUGAGGGUUUGUUUGCAAGUUGUCACUGUGGCUUAUGUCCAGGUUUUUGCUACCAGCUUCUCAUCUGUUUCUGAUCAAUGAAGCUGAAAGAGACAUUGUUUUGCUGAACCAUAUGCAAAGAUUCCUCUACAUCUCUCUUCUCCUAGUUUCCUAUGCUAAAGAACGUAAAUAUUGAAAUAGCUGAAGAUGCCUCUGGGUUUUACAGUGCUUAGUACUAGCAUUGUGCUCUCUUAAAAUCUUGAACCCUGGCUGUUUUAAUGUGGUUUUGUCCUGUCCUCUCACACAGGGAGUUGACACUUCUCUGACACAUGAGGACAGUUGUGCUGACAUAUAGACUACAGCUUGGUGAACUGUGUAGCCUGGAGGGAUCAGUCAAGACAAGUUUCAUUUUCCUUAUCUUGCCAGAAUUUGCAUGUUCAGCGAACAAGUUGGCUUGCACUCAAAUUGAGACACAAUAUUGAGAUAAGGUAGAAAGUUGGAAAAGUGUGGUUGUGUAUUACACAGUAUAGUAUUACAUAUUUUACAGGUGUAUUAUUAAUGUGACUACAGAUAUAAUCAGGCUAGGGGUGAAUACACUAUUGAGAAUUGUCAAGAUAAUUUAGUCCAGAAAAAUCACCUCUCUGAUGUUACAGAGAGGGCACUUUUUGGGGAGGAGGGAAGAACUUGUUUGGCCACUUGCAGAAGAGUGCUUUCUGUGCUGUUACUGAAGAAACCAGCUACCUUUGUCCCAAGCUUUGCAGAAUAAGGAUCAGUUUGUUGAUUCUGCUCCUAGUAUUGGGGCUUAAAUAAAUACGUGAAGUCUGUC